AUGUUAACGACAGUACCUUUGCUGGCCUUCGCUCUAAUGUCUCCGUUUGCUCCUAGACUCGCACGCCGCUUCGGAAUGGAGCGGGUUGUUUUCUACGCGCUUAUCGUUCUCCUAAUCGGAUCGAUAAGCCGUUCUUUAUCGGGAACAGGAACUUUGUUCUUGGGCACGUUAUUCAUCGGACUAGCCAUUGCUAUACUUAAUGUGCUUAUUCCAAGUAUUGUGAAGAGGGAUUUCAGUGAUAAAGUCGGGUUGAUGACCGGAGUCUAUUCAGUUGCGAUGAAUCUUUGUGGUGCUUUAGCUUCCGGAAUCAGUAUCCCGCUUGCUCGAACAGGCUUUAAUUGGCAAGGGGCGCUUGUUUGUUGGUGCCUUCUCGUCAUAUUGGCGAUGGUCAGCUGGGUUCCGCGGCUUCGCUCAUCACAGCGAUCCACAUCUUUCUCCGUUUCAAAAGCGGAGAAAGGACCGAGCUUUUGGAAGUCCGGACUUGCUUGGCAAGUAACGGCUUUCAUGGGCCUACAAUCCUUGGUUUUCUACAUUCUUGCCGCCUGGCUUCCAGAGAUUUUGGUAAGCCGCGGCAUGUCCGAAGAUAGCGGUGGUUGGAUGCUGUCGCUGAUGCAAUUCUCCAUGCUGCCUUUUACAUUUAUAGUUCCGAUAAUUGCUACCCGAAUGAGAAAUCAACGCCCGCUUAUCCUUAUUACUACGAUACUAUUGCUAAUAGGUAUCGUGGGAUUGUUCGCGAAACAGAAUGCAUUACUUCCCGUCUGGGUGAUUCUUAUAGGAAUUGGAGGAGCGUUCUCCUUCAGCCUAGCGAUGAUCUUCUUCAGCCUUCGCACGAAGUCCGCCCAAGAAGCAGCUGAGUUGUCUGGAAUGGCGCAAACCGUCGGUUAUCUGUUAGCCGCUAUCGGCCCCAUGCUUUUCGGCUUGCUGCAUGACUUGACCCAUAACUGGAACGUUCCUCUGAUUCUGAUAACAGUUGCCAUUCUAUUCAUGUUCGUGCUCGGGCUUGGUGCAGCUCGAAAUCGUUACGUAUCCGAUACGAGCAGCACUACCAUGGAUGACAUG